CGAACUAUCAAUGUAAACUUUGCAGAAUAGUGUGUAAUAAUAACUAACCCAAAAACAUAGUGUAGGAGCCCAAUCGGUACUAACGACGUGUAGAUAUAAGGAUUGUAAUAAAACAUUUUCUAUUUCUGGAUAUUCUUGUAGAGAACUUAUAAUGUUAUCAUUUAAGAAGCAUCUUAUGAUUAGUAUCGCCAUUCGUGGAUUUCUGGUUUAUUAUGGCGAAGUGCAGGAUAAUCUUUCGGAUAUUCAGUACACAGAUGUUGAUUAUCGUGUAAUAACCGAUGGUGCUAGUCAUGUUCUUGCUUUAAAUUCGCCGUACAAACGGCACACAUAUCGUUACACACCGCUAUUAGCGUAUCUUGUAGUACCUAAUUUGCUUCUACAUCAUACAUUUGGAAAGCUGAUUUUUUCCCUAUUUGACGUAUUGAUCGGUUUGUUGAUCAAAUGGAUCUUGCUGAACUGUUAUCGAGAAAAUAAAAUUUCGAUAGAGAAAAAGCUUUUGAAGUUGGAAACACUCAACAAUCGCAACAAAUAUUUAAUCAAACGAAAAAAUGAAGUGCUUAACAGCAAUAAUGAAACUCUACCGCCUAGGUACAUAAGAAUGGCCGAAUUGAGCGCUUAUUUUUGGUUAUACAACCCAUUAACUAUGGUAAUAGCAACAAGGGGAAACGGAGAUUGUGUUUCCUGUUCGUUGGUUCUUAUAGCGCUAUAUUACCUGCUGCAGAACAAACAAUCCCUAGCUCAGUUUUUCUUGGCUGGCGUUUUCCUGGGAAUGUCAAUUCAUUUCCGUUUAUAUCCAGUCGGAUUUUGCCUUGCAUUCUAUUUGGCGAUUGCUGACAAAUCGCUCAACACUCCAGCGGAAUAUCUUAACGCAAUUCUAAUGCCAAACGCAAAACAGCUGGUUCUAGUGCUGGGAACUGUCGUUUCCUUGGCGGUGACAACAAUUUUUUUCUAUCUUUUGUAUGGCCACCAGUAUCUAUACGAAUCUAUACUGUACCAUCUCAUUCGCAAGGACACGCGACACAAUUUUUCGCUCUACUUCUAUAUGCAGUACCUUGGUUCUAACCAGGAAGCGACUGGUAUGUUGGAGAAAGUUCUCACAUUUCUACCGCAGCUGAUUUUGAUUUUGAUGCUAACGAUGCGCUACGGAAAACACCGUCAAACGAUUGGUUUCGCUUUGUUCGCCAUUGCAUUUGUGAUGGUUACCUACAACCCAGUAGUCACUUCGCAGUACUUCGUCUGGUUUCUUUCGCUGUUGCCGUUGAGUGUGAAAAACUUCAGAAAUAUUGGUUUUCGAAAAGCCAUUUUUAUUCCCGUUAUGUGGUUCAUUUCUCAGGGCGGUUGGUUGCUGCCGGCAUAUCUGCUCGAGUUCAAGGGUUGGAAUACCUUUGAGUUCGUCUGGAUACAGAGCAUCGUAUUUUUCUUCUCCAAUAUUCUGAUACUGCAAAUUUUGAUAACAAACUAUGAUGUUAGUUACAAUUAUAAAAUCGAUUGAAGUGUAGAUAUCGUUGUGUAACGAAAAAUAAAAAUUACAAAAACUGA